AUGUAAGAUGAUAAAACUUGUGAUGUUCCCGUAAAUCAAGUUUACCGCGCCAGUAAUCACAAAACAAUUGAUUUAACUGAAUUGCCUUAUCUUAAUGAACCUGAAAUUCUAUCUAAAAUCAAAAAUAACGUUUAUCUUGAUAGAUAAGUUCUGAUCUAGAGUGUCAAUUCAACUCUUGUCGACUUUAUUCAAUACAAAAAAUACAUUGAUGAAAGAUUAAUUAUUAAUCAAGUACCUCCACAUAUUUUCUCCUCUUUGUUUUUUGCAUACAUAAAUUUGGAUUUGGGAAAAAGUUCUCAACUAUUUAUUACUGGAAAUUAAGGAUAUGGAAAAACAUAAAUUAUAACUGAUCUUGUAAGCUUCUUAAGUAAGGAUUAUGUUGUCUAUUAUAAUUUAAUCAAGUCCUUAAUCACCAACAAAUAUGGACAUACGCAAGGGGUUGUAAAUUAUAGAUUCAUCUAUAAAUAAAAACAAUUGGUUGGCUUUGUAGUAUAAUUACAUUAUAUUGACACUUCUGACUAUGAGAACAUGGAAUAUUUUUAAUAAAACUGGCAGAAUUUGCCUAGUGUUGAAGUUUAAAAGGCUGUGCAAACAGAAGAGAAGAUUGAAAAUGGAUAACAAUACUAAAAGUUUGUGUAACAAAUUAUUGAUGUUAUGAAUGGUUUAACCUGUUUAAAUGAUAAUAUCUUGAUGAUAAGUAUUUUAGAUUAUCCUGGAUAGACCAAUCUGAUUUCUAAUUAUAUAUCAGAGUAAAUUGAGUAGAUAUACCUUUAACACACUUUUAAGAAUUGUUAACAAUUAUUGAUCUAAGACUAACUAUCAGAACUAUAUAAUUAAAUUUAAUUUGAAGAUAAUAAAACUUCUUUGGAAAAUUUAGAAUAAUAGAAUGAAAUACCUUAGAGUCUAGUUAAAUUGAAUAGUAUCUUAGUUUCAAAAGACAUUUAACUAUUAUAUAUUAGAUGCCUAAAGGAGAGACAGGACUUAAAAUAAUACAGAAUUCUUGAUUCUAUCAAAUUUUUUCAAUCUAGUUAUCCUCAUAGAAUGAAUUAUAAUGAAUUUUAUUAAAGAUUUCACCAUUUAGAUGUAUUCAACAGAAAAAUAACAUUAUAAAAACAUCUUAGUAGCAAUCAAGAUAUGAAGGCAUUAGUAAGGGAAAUAUCUAAAAGGAUAACUUAAGCCAAAGGGCUAUUAUUUGGAUAAAAUUAGGUCUACUUCAAAAAGGAAGCUUUUGAAAAUAUCAACAAACUAUUAUGUUCGCAUAACAAGAAAUUAAACACGUUUGCAAAAAUAAUUUAAAAAGCCUUUAGAGUUAGAUAAUUCAAAAUGGCAAUUUUAUCUUGUGUUAAAAGAAUUAAAUCUAAUGAAUAGGAAAUAGCUUAAAAAUCAGAAUUAAAGUAACCACAAACAGAAACUUAAAAUUAGACUAUUAGCCAAGAAAUUUAAUGGGAGAAUAUGAUUGAAAUUUCUGAUCUGGAUUCCUAUUAAUUACUGAAUGAAGAAUAAUUAGAAUAAUACAAAAAGACCAAAAUAAAUCACUUGUAAUUAAAGCAGCGAAGUAUGUUAGAUGGAACACUCUAUGAAGAGAUCUAAAAUACAGCAUUCUAAUUAUUAAAUGAAGAAUAACUAAUCUAAAGGAAAAGCAACAUAUAAAAGAAUAAAAUUGAAUAACAAUUGAAAGAACUUGAAGCUAUUGAAAAAGAAGUUUCAGAUUAAGAAUCUUUCUCUUUAUUGACAUUUGAGUAAAAAUUACAAUAUUUAAAUCUGAAAAAGUAAGAUCAAACCUAAGUUGCAUUUAAGUUAUUGGAUUAAAAUUAACAACAUUAAAUAAAGUAAUCGAGAAGAAUAUAGAAAAUGAAAGAAUUAUAAGAUAAAAUCUAUACUUAAUUGGAUCCAUUUUUGAGUGAUAUAGAGGCCUAUAAAUAAUUGACCACAGGAUAGCAAAACGAAUACAAAAAAUAAAAAUUAGAAAAUAAAAAAAAUGUAGCAAAAUCCUUAUUAAAUGAAUAAUAAAAGACGAGAAGAAUAGAAAUUAUAAUAAAUUAGAGAACUAGAUAAAUGUAGAAAAAACAAUUUUUAAUAGAUGAUUACCUAUCAGAUCCUGAAUCUUUUACAUUAUUAGAACAAGAAUAAAGAAAAGUAUAUACACAAUAAAAAUAAGAAAGUCUUCCUUUAAGAUUAUUAUCUAAUAAAGUUAAAUUUGGAUAUGAUAUAGAUAUCUCUGAUCCUGAGUCUUUUAAAUUACUUGAAAAUAAGGAAGAAUAUUUAAAAUAUAAAGAAAAGCUUUCUUUAUUCAAUGAUAUUUCUGACAUUGAAGCUUAUUUGUCAAUAACUAAUGUAAAUGAAUACAUUAAUAGAAAAAGAGAAGGAUUACACAGCAUUUCAAAAGAACUUGCAAAUACAGAACAAUAUGAAAUGUUAAAAUAAUAAAGAUUUAGGGCAUAAUAAAGAUUAGAUGAAUUGAAUUUGAUAAGACAUGAUCUCUUGGAUUCAACUGCAUUUCGCUUACUAAAUGAUGAAUAGUGGAAAGUUAGAAAACAGUUCUUAUUGGAAUAAAAUGUUAAUGAAGGAAUUAUCAAUAUUGAAUCAAUUGCAUUCCAAAAUUUAUCAAUUGAGAAAAAAAACAAAAGGAAAAUUAAAGAAUAGGUGAAAAUCAAGAUGAAAGAUAUAUUAAACCCUAUUUUAUUUGAGAACCAUUUACAUCCAAAGGCCAGUGUUGCAUAUCGACUAUUAGAAAAUAAAGAUAUUGUCUACAAAAAUAUUUCAUUAGCUUAUUCUUUAUUAAAGGAUAAAAAUGUAAUAGAUUAGCACUUAAAAGAAUUGAUAGUGUAUUCGUGGGAAGAAGUUAGGAGUUACAAAGAAAAAUAAGAACUGUUAUAGCAAAAAAUAAAUCGAUAUGAAAAGGAUAAACAGGAUUUUAGCAAAGUUGAAUUUUCUGAUUAUGAAGCAUUUCUCCUUUUAGAUGAAGAUCAAUUAAAGGAAUACAAAAACAAUGCAUAUUGUUUAUUAGACAAUGAAUAAAAGUAAAUUCAUAGAAGAAUUAUGAAAUCGAAAUUAAAAUCAGACUCUAAGCAUUCUGAUCUGGAGUCAUAUGCAUAAUUAAGUGAUGAUUCUAAAUUGAAAUAUACCUAAAUGAAGGUUGAAGAUGUUUCAGAUUAAUGUGCAUAUGAGGCAUUAGAAAAUAAAUAAUAAUAUGAAAUCGAAAAGCAGAACAGAAAGAUAAAUUUAAAUCAAAUUAAAUAGAAUGGGUUUAAAAUUUACUUUGGAUAAAUACCAAAAGUAUUAACUAUUGAAGAAUAUGAAAAAUUCAUAAAUUAUUAAUAACAGAUCUAGAAACAAAUAGAAUAAGAAGAAGAUUAAUAUUUAAAAUAAUAAAUAGAAGAAGAAAAGAGAAAGCAUAAAAAGUGCGAUAGAAAGUUUGUGAUUCAAAGUUUAAUUGAAAAUCCUCACCCAUAAAAUUUUGUGAUUUAUGAAAAAGCUUAAUAAAAUAAAAAGCUAUUAGAUAUUAGGUCAACUAUUGAUAAAAAUUUAAACACGGAAUUUGACAAUGGAUUACUUUAAAUAUUGCAAAGUAAUCUAUUUAAAGAUUAUUGCUAAUAAGUACUUCAUUAAUAAGGAAAUUAAAUUGAAAAAAUUAUGAAAUGUCAAACUGACAAUAUUAAGAAACCUUUAACUAAGAUAUCAAAUGAAGGGGUUGCUUUAAAUGUGUUUAAAAGCAUAACCAAAUUUGCUCACAUGAAACGAUCGAGUCUAACUACAAAAGAACAUUUGGAGAGAAUAUUAUGUAGUCUAAUAGGUACAACAGCAUAAAUUGAACUACCAACAGCUCCCAAGAGUUUAUAACGCUCGCUUGCUCUUGAUAUCGAUACUUUAAAAAGAUCGAUAGAACUUGAAACAACUAGUAGAAAAUUUAAUGAUGGAGUCAAAUUAGAAAACAAUUAGGAAAUUCGUGAAGAAAUAUUUUUAUAGAUCUUCAAAUAAAUUGAGGGAAACACAAAGGAACAUCUAUAUUAUUUAUUAAGAUUAUGCAUAGUAAUCACUCAUUGUAUCCCUCUUUUACAUCCAUUACCAUUUAUUUAGUAUUUAAUUGAAUAACUAUAGAAACCUGAAAAUAAAUUUUUCAAAGAGCCAGAUAUGUAGAAAUAUACUAAAUAAAUUAUCAAAAAUUUAUCAAUUAAUACUGAUGUGAAAGUGUUUAAAGAUGAAAUAAAAACCCAGCUUUGUGCUAGAGUUUAUUUGCCUUCAAAAGAUGAGUUAUAAUUAAUGUUCGAAUGCAAAUAACCAAUUGUUAAAUUGAUGAUUCAUAGUGAUACUCCAUUAUGGGUGGAAUUGGAACAUAAUUUCAGUGUUUAAUAAGUAAUUAAGCAGGCUUGUAGUCUUAUCAAUUAGUAGGAUAAUUGGAUGUACUUUGGAUUAAUGGUUGCUUAAUCUAAAACUGAAGUUAUUUACAAUACUUCAUAUGUAGAUUAAUUUAUAAACUUUUUUGAUAUUUUAAAUAAAUUAGAAUUUCAUGAGGAAAUAAAUAAUAAUGUUUAUAAGCUUAACAAGAGGUUUGAUAUUUAUCUAAGAAUUAAAAAGUAUAUUCAAUUUGAAGAAGAUGACUAAGAUCUAUUAGAUUUAUACUAUUACCAAUUAGCUUUUGAUGUGAAAAGAAAUCGCUUUAAUUUAAAGGAGGAUGAACUUUCACUUUUGUAAGAAUUAGAGAUUUAUAUAAAAUAUGGAGAAAAUUAAAUUAGGUCUAAAUACAAUUUAAAAGAUCCAGUUGCAGCUAAGCUUUAAUUUUUGAAAAUAAUUGAAUUAUCAACUAACUCCAGUCUUGAGAACAUUAUAAAAUGA